AUGGCCGAAAAGAAUUUUGUACAGUCAUUCGAUGCCAUGAAUGUUGGAAAUGAACUUCCGGCAGAUAAUGGCUUGGCCGAGCCAUAUGCUGCGCCCAACAAUGUGCCGUUCGACGCGAUUAUGUCGUUUUCCCCAUUCCAUCUGACUCAACCGAGUCCCAGCCUCCAGGACAAUGCGACGGCCAACAUGUAUUCUUCUCGGUUCCAGCACUUGUUCUCCAACGGAAAUUCUGCUCCAGGAAAUAGUGUUGCCCGAACGAAAUCGCAAGAAGACAUGUUUGCCAAGGCGCCUGGAGCAGUGCCUGAUGCAGCCACUCCUGGGCGUUUAGACAUGCUAAACCCCUUGUUUUCUGCAGGAUCUGCAAAUUCACAAGGCGCUCGCGGCACUCUCCCAUUUUACUCUAAUACGUGGGGAGCGCCAAGCCCAUCUUCGCCGUUUGGCGUCGGAAGUGAUCGUUUGACCUCCGUGAACGGAACACAGCCGACCAUGCAACUCGGCGCAGGCCCUAUUCGUUUUGGCGGGAAUAUCCCGACUAAUACUACAGGCGAAACGGAUAUUAUCCCCACUGCGAUUGUAAUUAAGAACAUUCCCUUCAACAUUAAACGCGAGCAACUACUCCACGUUAUCCGCGAUUUAGGCAUUCCUGUUCCUUAUGCAUUCAACUACCACUUUGACCAGGGCAUUUUCCGUGGACUGGCCUUUGCUAAUUUCCAUUCGCCCGCGGAAGCGAACGAGGUGGUGGCAGCAUUGAACGGUCUCGAUGUGAGUGGCCGCAAAUUGCGCGUCGAGUACAAGAAAGUACUACAAGCCGGCGAGAAGGAACGUAUCGAGAAAGAGAAAGCUAUCAAGCGUUUGCAGUAUCCGCACGGCGCCAGUGACAAGGACCGUAAAAAAGACAAGCCCAUGGGCGCCGAAUUUGUGCCUUCCUCGCUGGGUAUGCCUUCAGCGCCCAGCAGGGUUGUCUCUCCUAGCGUGCCACUGCUCAAUACAUUCUCCCCACCCCCACUGGCAAUGCCCCACCAGGAGAACGUUGCAGCGCUUGAUGCGGGCAGCUUUUCCAACACAAGCGACUCGGCACUCAACGAUUCGCUGGACCUGAAUGACCCAUUUGCACUGGAGGUCUAUUCGCGCGUCUUGCUUUUUAAAGACGACCGUAUACGCGACGAGCUUGCUUUUUCCAAGAGUCUUUCCCACACGGAGCGCCGCAUUGUACAGCUUGUCACACAAAAGCUGGGCCUCUUCCACCGCAUGGUCGGCGGUGCGGACGAGCGACAGGUGAUUGUGACCAAGUUUGAGUUACCUCAAAGGACCACACCCAUCCCCCUUGAUGCGCGCGAUGGAAGCUCGCAAAGCACGCCCAGCGCACCCACCAUAUUGCGCCCUGACCUGCGUUCGAAGCAGUCUGCACCCGACAUGAAACGUGCAACGCGCGACACUAUUGCGGAGCAAGAACAUGCGCGUGCCCGAAACGGCCUCCUGGCGCACCCCAGCUUGCCUGCGCGCAGGCCCAACAGCGGGAUGCGCGAAGGAUAUGCACAGGAUCCACGCUUUGAAUUCAACAACCUCACACCCGGCGCUGGCAUGUUUGGUUUUCCUUUUGACAUGACUUCUGUUCCUCUUCUUCCACGCCCCAACAGCGUAGAUAUUGAGCAUUUGGACCAGUAUCAAAAUACAAAAAGCCCCACACCCUUUGCCUCUUCUUUCCGGUCCAAGUCGCCUUUUGCGAGCCAUGCACUGCACCACGGUACUGGUGCAUCCACACCCGUCUCGCCAUUGGCCCACAGUACCGGCGCCUUGGAUACGAGUCAGCCGGGUGCGGCGCUCAACGGCCUCGCUGGCACGCACAGACCGCUUCCAAUGCGGGGCAUGCCGGUUGACUUGAACAUAAACGACAAAAUCAAGCCGAGGCUGCAAGUGACAUCUCAUCUCGCCGACGCGCCGCAUUCGGAGCGCCUAUGGGAAAAGAGCGUGUCUGAUUCAUCGGAGCAUGCGUUGGCCUUUGCGGGUGCUUCCAAGGAUACGACGCCGUGA